AAGAGAGCUCAACUCCGUGCUCCAGAUUCUCCUCUCUACCUAGUCCAUCCUGGUCCGCAGCGUCAAUAACAGACGGGGGCUACGCAAAUAAAAUGUGGCUAUUUAAAAUCCAUUCCGCCCGACAAUGUGAGAGCCGCGACCUUUAAUUGGGCCGUGAGUAUCUCGGGACAUCCCUCUUUCUCUUCCUCGCUCUCUCGUUUUUGUUGUGAAAAAAUAGGCAAGCUCCAACAGCAGAUCCGCGGUGUCCUCGCAGUGCAUACAUCUGUCGAGAGCGAUGGCAAAGUAUUUAUCCCGUUUUACUUUUUUAUUUUGUUAAAAAAGUCCUACCGUCUCUAUUAUUCGUUGUCUCAAUUCGGAGACAUUUAGGUCGUGGAGCAGUGCGCGUUGGGUAAUCCAGUUUCAGUUUCAAGAUGCAGACUUUUUGUCUUUUAGAUUAACGGCCACCCUCUUUUAAUCAUGAAGGCCAGUGUUCUCCUGUUCGCUAUUCUUUCGCUUCCAACAUGGACCGGCGCGGUCGUGUGUCCGCAGCAUUGUACGUGCAAGUCGGUUGGUGCUCAGGCAGAGUGGUUGCGUCUCAAGUGUGGUGACCGCUUGGAGGAAGUCAAGGAUAUAGAUGUCAACAAAGUCAGCGUGGAACUUAUACAACUAGACUUAAGCAAGAAUGCCAUUUAUGCCAUUCAAGCGGAUGCUUUUGUGAACCUGACAAAUCUUAGGAGGCUCGAUUUAUCGAAAAACAAGAUUAAUUCUAUUGGCGAGGGUUGUUUCAAUGGCUUGGAAAACUUGGAGCGAUUGGAUUUAAGCCAGAACCAGAUAUCAACAAUAGACAGCUAUGCGUUCAAGAAAUUGUCGAACCUCAAGAGGCUCGAUUUGUCUGGAAAUCAAAUUACUGACCUGGCGCCAUCCUUAUUUCAUGAUUUGUUGACCUUAGAUCGUUUGAAAUUAAAUGGAAACAGCUUAACUACUUUGAAAGAAGGCAUAUUUCAUGGUCUCAAGAUGUUAAAGCAGCUGGACUUGUCUAAUAAUCCUUGGAAGUGUAACUGUGAUCUGUACUGGUUUAGUAAUUGGAUCUACAAUUCUUCAAUUAAAUUAAAUCCAACACCCAAGUGUGCAUCGCCAGCGCUCACCAAAGGGCAGCCAUUGAAGAAACUGAAAUUUCUAGAGGAGCUUCAAUGUCAGUGGAUAACGCCAGCAAUUGAAAUUCAUCCGGUUCAAAACCAAGUGGUCUUCGCUGGGGAUUCAAUUACCUUGAAGUGCAGAGCACCCAGCAUAACGGUGGACAAGACCGCCAGGCUGAAUUGGUUGUGGAAUCCCAAUACUACCGCCAAAAUCGUAGACUUAAAUGCCUACAAAGAUCCGCGGAAGAAUUUACCCAACAUUAAGAUCGACAAUAGGUAUCUUUCGGACAAUGGCAUCGUUGACAGUGUUCUCAGUAUAGUCCCGAUCAAGGAAGAACAUAACGGACAAUGGAAUUGUUUAUUAGUUUCCGUAAACGGUAACAAGUCGAAAGCAGUUAGCGUCAUCGUAAUAUCCGAGCAUACGCGUUAUUGCCCCUUAGCAGUAACGAGAAACAACAAAGGUAUUUACACGUGGCCGAGAACGAUAGUAGGAUGGAAGGCGGAACUGCCGUGCGAAGGCAGUCGUCUGUCAGGCUUGAUGCAAGCACCUUUAAAAGCUUUUUAUCACUGUAACACGAGCGGUCAGUGGGAAUAUCUAAAUACGGAAGCGUGUCCGUACAUAUCUCAUACGACGAAAAUCUUGGAGCAAUUUUCGAAGGUUAAUCUGUCCCUGACGAAAAGCAGUCUACUGGAAACGGCUAAGAGAUUUAAAAAUUAUACGGGAAACGGAUCGGUGAAGCUAACGGAUCCGGUUGAAAUCCAUUUUAUCGUACGGACUAUAGAGAAUUACGUAAACUUUUUAAUAGAUGAGAAAGAACUUGGAAUUAUGCUGAUCGACAUCGUCAGUUCGAUGAUGAAACUGCCAAAGGAGAUGUUAAGGAGGGCGGAAAUAAAUUUCAAAGCUUGCACGAGACUGAUCAGAGCGAUCGAACGUAUUACGGAAUUUACACCGUCCAUACAGUUGCACAAAAAAUACAUGGCUCUGGAAGAGUUUCGAGUCAAGCGCGACAGUUUCGGCGGAUUAACGUGUACAUGGUACACAAAUAUCGCUACGAAUGCCGACUCAGACGCGAGAUAUCUGCACUGCACGACGAUUAAUAGGACGACGCCGAUCAAUACGAAGGAUAAGGCGAUAGAAGCUUCCAUUCAGUUACCCGCCUCUCUACUACAACACUCGCCAGACGGUGCGACAGCUCAACAGCUUAUGAUAUCUAUGUAUAGCGACAGUAGAUUCUUUCCUAAAACCAUUGUAAAUGAUAGCAUGGAUAUAUCAACAUGUAUCGUCAGCAGUAAAUUAAUUGGUACAUCAAUACGAAAUCUGUCCGAACCAGUUUACGUUAUGCUAAAAGCACCAUUGUAUCAUUAUAACGGGAAAAGGCCAAGACCAGUGGUAUGGGACGAAACAUUGAACAAUGUGGGAGCAUGGACCAGUGACGGAUGCCAAUUAACUAAUCUAUUAAAUAAUCUGAUAGUUUUUCAUUGUGACAGAUUAGGAUAUUAUGGACUUUUACAGGAGAUUUCGCAUUUUGAUAUGAACGGAAAUAGUUUGCAUGGAGCGAAAUUCAGGUAUUCGCAUCCCGCGAUAUAUAUCGGAAGUUUCGUGACGAUAACUUGUUUGAUGAUCAUGUCUGUGACAUAUAUUAUUUCCUAUAUGUCUAUCACGAUGCCUAAAAAGGCGAAACAUUCCGUUGUCAAUACUUGGUUCGCCAUGGCACUUUUAUCAUUCUUAUACAGCAUUGGCAUCCAGCAAACGGAGCACAUGGAGAUUUGUCAGGGUGUCGGACUCGUUUUACAUUAUUUGUCAUUAUGUUGUCUACUGUGGAUGGCAGUAUCCGCCAGCAAUAUGUACAAGAAACUAACGAAACCAGGUCUCGAUGUGAUACCUGACGAUGAACUUCCGGAUCAGCCUUUACCCAAGCCAUUGUUGGGACUCUAUCUGGUCGGAUGGGGCGUGGCCCUGAUAAUCUGCGGAAUAUCCGGUGCGAUCAAUCUACGCGAGUACGCCGGCUAUUCCCAUUGCUUCCUCACGUCUGGACCGGCGCUCGCUGCGCUCUUCAUACCGUCCGGAAUUUUAAUAGCGUACCUGCUAAUCUUCCUCUUACUCAUCAGACGCGCGAUUCAGAACGUCGAUACGAACGCACAAUUAUCCGAAGGCACUCAGGCAACGGAGAACAUGGAUCUGGAAUUAUUGGAGCCGAACGCGAAUCCUUCCGGGGACAGAAACAGUAUGCGUAGCACGCAGACGGUGUCCUCCGAUAUCGAAGACCCGGAGCACUCGCAGUUCACACAGUGGAAAGGCCAAGUUAUAAUGUUGGUGUUGUAUCUGAUAUCCUGGGGUAGUGCGGCUACGGUGACGAUCAAACCGUUCAAUUCCAUGCCAUUUGAGGAAACCGUGUUCGCCGUGACGUACGCCAUUGCCACAAGUUCGCUGGGUGUAUUCGUGCUAUUCUUUUAUGGGAUCGCUCGUAAUGAUGUACGGACCCAGUGGCUGAAAAUGCGAUGCUGGUUGGAGAAACGCAAGAAUCGUUGCUGCCGCACCAGAAGCGUAUGCGACGCGAACGCUGCGAUUCCGACGCAGCCACUGGUGCAAAAUUUCGUCCCGCCAUUGUCGAACUCGCAAGCCAUCCAAGCGAUAUCCGACACGAACUCCAUCGCUUCGUCGAGGAACACUAACCAGUCGCAGCAAAUCUGUAACAGCUCAAAGCUCACGGAGUUCGCAACCGAUCAGGAGAACAUGCCUGCCGUUGUUCCUAUGAAUGCAAAAGCGGCGAAUCUAAUAGUGAUGCAUCGUCAUCAGUAUCGCUCUAACAAUUCCGUCACCACAUACACCGAGCCAUCGUCCGCCUGUGUUGAGAUGUUCUACAAUCCUCAUCAGAGCGGUGUCGCCAGGAAAUUUUUCAAAAAACAACGUAGACACGCGACUGCAAAGAAGAACAAUCUUGGCCUAAGGAAGCAGGGUGACGGCGGGGCUACUAGUGAUGGCGGUAGUUGCGUCUCCAUACCACGACCUACGAAGAUCAAUAAUAGUCUGGAACGCAGCAUUCUGAGCAGUAGCGCCAAAGUAAACAACACUAAUAUACACGUUGAGCUGAACCCCAUAAACGACAUAAAGAACGUGAAUAUACUAUCGGACAGUGGCGGUAGCAUCUCCGAAGAGAGAAACAUCCCGAUACGCUUCGUCAUCGGUCAAGAAAACCUGAUGCACAGCAUCAAGAAGAUCAACAACAGCGCGCAGGAGAGCCCACACGUCGUUAAUGUCGCGACGUCCCAUACGGCGAGAGAAACGCCACAACCGAGGCGAAUAGCGCACGACUCGGACCCGGACGUUUCGAAGACGGACGAGGAGUGGCACUUACGAAACGUCUCCCAACAAUGCAGCUUGGAAUACAGCUCCGAGAUGGACACCGUCACGCAGAUGACUAGCGAGCGGAGCGACCACAAUCUGCCAGAGAUCUGCGAGAACAUGGAAAUGUCACAGGAGGAGUGUUUCUCGAGGAAAAGAUGUCCCAGCGUGAACGAGAUCGAGAUCGCCACUGAAGAGGAACGCAUCAUGUCGAGAGGCAUGAGACGAUUGUAUAUCUCCAACAGCAUGUACUGUCUACCGUUGGAGCACGAUGGUUGGAAACCAUCGAUGAACAGCUACUGCAAUUCGCUGAACGACAUCACGUCGCUGAAGCACCGCGAUUACUCGAAACCAUCGUUCGUAGAUGUACAAAGCACAACCAGUUCGAAUCUAUGUGGGCAAGAAGUUCCUGAGUCCCAAGAAUCGUUCAACCGUUCGGAACGUUCGUUGUUUGAGAUAAAUAGCUUAACCAGUGAUAAUCUGUGUACGUUGACGCCGCACGCGGAGACCUUUUACGCCUGUUCCCUAUCAAAUAUUUAUUGUACUUCCAACAAAAGUUCGGAGGAGAACAACUCUCGUGAUGAAUCGCAACUGCCAGAUGUAGUGGAUCACAAUGUGUUUAAUGCGCCUGAUUCGAAGGACCUUUUGUUAGAGAAGAACUUCAGUUCUCUCGCUGAUAUUCCGUCAAUUAGUAGGUCUAGUUCGCGCGACAUUAAUAAUCUCAAUUUAAUAAGCGAAAUGGGCAUAUGUGCGGAACCUGCCAAAUCGAGUGAUGUACAACAAUUUGAGGCUAAUGAAAUUUAUUUAGAUGAACCGAUGAGCCAUUUGCCAGUUAAAAAAGAAACGAGCGUUUAAUAUGUAAUUAUAUAUAUAAUUAUACAUAAAGUAUAAUUUAUAUAUAAAUUAUAAUUUAUAUAUAAACUAUAUUACUAUAUAUAUAUAAUAUACAUAUAUUAUUAUAUAUAUACAUAAAAUUUAUAUAUAUAUAUAAAACAGACCACACACUUCGUUCGUUUGCCACAGCGAUAUAUUUAUUUUUAUGCAUAAUUUCUACAGACUGCGCAUAUAUUGGAACUAGCACAUUUUGUAUUUUACAAAAUUAAUCUUUACUAGGAUCAUGUGUUCAAUGCGCUUGAUAUAUUAAAUAUUCGUGUCUUCUUUGCUAUUUAUGCCGCGUUUAGAGACGCAAUUAUAUAUUUAAGAUUAUUGUACAUAAUGAAAAUUAUUUACCUACAGAAUAGUCUUCAAUCAGCUUGAUAGCUCUUUUUAACUAAUAUAAAUAGGUAAAAAUAGGUAUAUUUUAACUAGUAUAAAUGACAAAAGCUGCAUUUGAAAUGACUUGGAUCAGUUGAAAAAAUUAGAUUCAAUAGAUUUGAAUAAUCUUUACAAUAUUAUCACGUCCGAGAGUAUUACUCGUUACCAUGGCGUAUAUAUAAAUAAAAUGCACCGAUUGGAGAAGGAGAAUACUUUAACACAACGAAACAUAAUCAGAGAAUAUCCAAGAGUAUCUUUCGAUUCGAUGCUCAAGACGUGUCAAACUGACAUGUCGAUUUCUUGUUGAAAUUACCUUUUUAAAAUUGAUGACUUAUCAUCACGAAGAUCGGUCUUCAAGUAUCAAAAACUUAGUAUUAAUUUUUAAAUUUAGCUAACUCAAUUUCACAAUAUUAUUAUGCCUCAUAUCCUGAACAAAUACUCUUUAUAAUAUGCAUAUAUAUAUAUAUAUAUGUAUGUAUAUCACAUGGAGAUAUGAUUGUAAAAUCAUUUUGGCUGUGAAAUAUUUCUCCUUAAUUUUAUCGAGGAAUUUACUUGAUAAUUAUCGUAUUUCAAUUUUAUAUCGUUGUAAUCGCAAUAUUAUUGUUUACGUAAUUUUUUAUACAUUUUUUAUAAAUAUUUAUAGACAUCCCUGCAUUUUUCUAUGAUCUCUGAAGCUAAAGAAUAUUUCAUCUCAUUUUAGCAAGACUUGCUUUAUAUAACUGCCUAACUAAGAAUUGAAAGAUAUAGUAACGGGAUUUCUAUAAACUGAAGACUGAAUACUAAGCUAAAUUUAUGAAAUUGAAUAUCACCGACUUCCAAUUAAAUAUAUAUACGUAUACAUCUUAACGAAAAACCUCGUUUUUGGCAACAAUUUGCCUGGUACUAUAUUGUAAAUAAUGUUCAUUUGAGUUUUUUUAGGAUGUGAUAGUUCGUAUUAAGCGCGUUAAAGCAGCUUAAGAGAGAUUUUAUAUAACAUUCUCUUUUAUUUCAUUAUUAUUUUUACUUUUAUAUUGAUUUCUUUUCACAAGAAAUAUAAAUGUAUGUACGAUUGUAUACAAGACCAGUUGCUAAUUAAUACAUGUAUAUUGUACAAAA